CUCUCGCAAACUGAACGUCCUCAGCCCCCUUUGUUUGUAAGAGCUUAACUUCAGCAAUGCCUCAUUAUUGUAUCCAUUGAUAAACAGCCUUGGCCAGUUCCCCUUCGGUCUCCUCUUUUUUGCAAAUAAAUUCAUGUGUAUUUAUCUUGUUACUUCCAUUUGAUCGACUUUCCUCCCAUACCAAGAACUAAACGUACAUCCUUUCCCCAGCAAGAAUCUGCAACAAUGAGUUGGAGCGGCUUCUGGUCUGCCAUUGGUCGCGCUCUGCACGAAUUCUGCAGAAACCUCAACCCAGGAAGCUGUAUGUGUUCUUGCUGAGCUCAAUCACGUGCUACAUACUCUCAUCUCAAUCGAGCCAAGCUCAAUUCGACCCCACCAAAUUCCGCUGCCCCUCCACAACUUCUCUACGCUCACCACAAAGCACACAACCACGAACACAUCCACCAUGUCGCACGCACGCAUAGAAGAAGUAUCCGAUUCGGAUCCUUCUGAGGGCGACAUCUCAGAUGCCAUGUCUGACUUCGACGAACGGGAAAUCCUCAAAGCACGACCCAGCGCAGUACCUGCACCGAAACCCGCAGCUUCACUCAUAAACCCCUCGAGUAUUCCUACCUCGUCUCGGAGGACAGAUGGCACGCAAUUCCAGUCUGCGGAGGAUGAUUCAAAGUACAAGGACUUUCAGUGCAUAUACCCAGUCUAUUUUGACAAGAAUAGGAGUAGGAAGGAGGGGCGGAUGGUGGGAAAGGAAUUGGCGGUUGAGAAUCCGAUGGCGAGGGAGAUUGUUAAUGCGUGUGGAAGGUUGAGGUUAGAGACGCUGUUUGAGCCUGCGAAGUGUCAUCCGAAAGAUUGGGCGAAUCCAGGAAGAGUGAAGGUUAAGCUGAGGGGAGGGAAUAAUUCGAGUAUAAAGAACAAGCAUCACCUAUACACAAUGAUUGCUGAGCAUCUCAGACUAUACCCCACAACGACAACUACUGCACAACUCGUCAAAGUACCAGGCGUCCCUCCUCCAGAUCCAUCGAAACCAUAUCCUACACCUGCUGUACCAAAGGGCUGGAAGAUGGGAAAUAUAUUGCCAUACUACUCUCCUGCAAUAAGCGGCGGUGGAGUUAGUGAGAACUUCUUCAAGGACAUGAUGGCGGAGAUGCAAGGUGCUGGAGGUGGUCCUGGUGCUGGCGGUAUGCCUGGAAUGCCAGAUAUGUCUGCUAUGCAAGCAAUGCUUGGAGGAAUGGGUGGAAUGGGUGGUGCUGGACCUUCUGGUGCAGCUGGUGGGAGUGGAGGUGCUCCGAAGAAGGACAAGAAAAAGAAGAAGUGAAAUGGUAAAGUGAGACAUAUCUGCAAAGCUCUUUCCCAAAUCAGUGCGAGUGGAGGAAGACACCCUUGGUGAUUAUCUGGAUCAAGCUACUGAGCAAAGAUCUCGGUCAGUAUCUCCGGAUGAUGAAGAUAUCAUGGACCGGCAUGAUCUUAAGAGAGAAAUCAUAGCUUGCCAUGCUAGAAUGCAAG